AUGCGCAAGCUACGCGUCCUGAUCGUGGGCGCCGGCAUCGGCGGCUGCACGCUCUCCCUCGCGCUCCGCCAAAUCACCGCCCGCACGCUUCCCGCGAUCCUCCAACGCGCUGCUACAGCCGCCACCCCCUCCGCUACAGCCGCCGCUGCCGGCUCCGCCACGGCCUUGCCCCCCGCAUCGCCCUCCGAGUCGCUGUUCGAGGCGACGGUGUUCGAGCAGGCGCCGCAGAUCCAGGCGGUCGGAGCGGGGCUGUCGCUGUGCGCCAAUGGGCUUCGCGUGCUGGACGGGUUGGGGCUGUACGAGAAGAUCCAGAAUCUUAGCGGACCCAUCUCGUCGCUACACACAUACACGGAAAGUGGGAAGAAGCUUCGCACCUUUGACUAUUCAUUCAUGUCCAAGCGCUACGGUUACCCCAUGAUGGCCCUGGAGCGAGCAGAGCUGCAGGGCCUGCUGGUGCAUGAGGUGAUGUCAGGCGCUGAGUCAGCAUCAGUGCCGCCCAUCCUGUUCAACAAAAAGUGCAUCUCCGUGCAGAACCUUGGGCCGGGGAAAGGCGUGCGAGUGCAUUUCGAGGAUGGCACGUGUGAGGUGGGCGAUGUGGUGGUGGGAGCAGAUGGGGUGAAAUCAGCCGUCCGUUCUGCUGUCAUGCCACGUCAUGAUCCACAUGACCGUAAACCAAGCCGUGGUUCAGCAGCUUACAGUGGCAUCUCCUGUAUCCUCGGAGUCACCUCUUCCGUCCCAGACUGGCUUAAGGGCAGUGCCUACUGGGUUCUCGGGCCAGGCAAAGUCUACGGCACCUGGAGCAUGGGUCGCGACAAGCAGUACUGGUUUUUAUCAGAACAGGAGCUGAUCACUGCAGAUAACCUCGCUAUGUGGACACCGAGUGACGCUUUAAAGGGGAUGGACGACAUGUGGAACUGGUUUCAUCCGUACGAUGCUCAUGCGAUGGCAGUGGCAGACGAGCUAUAA